AUGAUUCCACAUCGCAGCACAGGUCUUUUGGCCAUUAUUGUUUUUGUUGCCCUCCUUCUCUUCAUCUUCUCAUCCUCACCCAUCCCCAAAACCGCUGUCGAGGGAGAGGAAGUUUCAGGUCCUGCCAAGUAUCUGCCUCAGCCACACCUUCCUUCUCUGAGUGAUCUAAAGCUUCCGACGUUCCGAGCCCCUUCACAUGAACCGCCGCCGGAAGAAAGAAACAGCACCAGCGGCGAGUCCAAAUGGUUUAGCAACUGGGAAUGGUUGAACCCCUUCUCCUCCGCCAUUACCUUGGACGAAGACCGCUCCGUCCUUCCUCCCCUACACGAGCGUCGCCCAAUCUACACAUAUUAUAAUCCCAAAUAUAAUCCCAAGAAACACUCCAGCAGCGAGCAGAAGGAGGACCAGAAGGCCGACGCAGAGCUCCUUCUGACCUGGCGUCGAGCUUGGUUCGCGCAGGGAUUCAGACCAAUCGUCCUGACACCGGGCGAUGCGAUGAAGAACCCACAUUAUGAACUGGUGCAGAAACUCUCCAUGACACCCGAGUUGGAGAAUGAGGUAUUCCGUUGGUUGGCAUGGGGUCACAUGGGAUCUGGAUUGCUCGCUGAUUUCGAGUGCUUUCCAAUGGGGCGAUAUGAUGAUGAUCUACUGAAGGCUCUACGACAAGGCACCGACCCAGAAUACUUAGUUCGGUUCGAGAACUUCCAAGGCGGUCUCUUUUCCGCGGAGAAGCAUCGCAUCGACGAGGCAAUUGAUGGAGCCGUCAAGAAAAUGGAUGAGAAGUCCACAUCGUUUGGGGAGCUUAUCAAUCCGGACCUUUUCAAGGUGAUGACCCCCAGCAGCCUUGCUUAUUACAAGCAUGCCACGAUCGGCUCCCACUACCCGACAUUGCAAGAAAAGAUGAGCCACAGCCCGUCCAAUGGACGAAUGCUUUUGGCACAGCUAGUCAAUUCCCAUCUUCAUAAUACCUUCCAGAAUUCGUUCCCAGCUGGGUUGGCCGUGCUGAAGCCUUUUCCCCAGCACACAACUGCCCUGGUGGAACCCGCCUUACGACUGGCGAAGGCACUCAUUCAGUGCCCAGAAUCUCCCGUUCCUGAUUCCUGCCCACCCAACCUCCCCGACUGCCGCCCCUGCGGCUCUUCAAAGCAGCCCAUGCUCAUUAGCCAGCCCUCUACCUACAAGAAAACCAAUUUCCUAUUCACCAUCGGAACUCUUCCUCAUCCUUACACCCUUGUCAGCCUGCAGAAAAGUUCCGAUGAGGUCACCACGCGCCAAAUUCGUCGGGAAACCGAGCGGGAUGCGUGGUUAACCGAUGUGACCAAGGAAGACCUUGGCCCAGAAAUGGGCAGCUCUUGGCGGGGUAUGGCGUUCAAGCAGGUUGUGGCUGGCGACCAGGCUAUUGCCACGUCACUUUGGAUGACCGUCGAGUCUCUGCCUGCCGAAGCUGGUCAAACACUCCCUUCUAAACUCCUGGAUGAGUUCGAAUGGCAGUUUGGAUUCAAGAUCCCUCGUGUCGGUACCAUCGACCCGAGCACCCCCAGUGACAAAGAAAGCGUGCAGAGCAAGACCCCCAGCCAGGAAGGUGUUGCCAGGGAAUAUGAGCUCCUCCAGAAGGCUCGGAGCGUUAUCAGCAGUGAUGAGCCAAAUAGUGUGUCUAAAAGGAAUGUCGCUGAGGCCUGGAAUCUGGCCGAUACGGAGGUUUGGCGAUUCGUCAAAGCCUACCGGGCUCGGUCUGUUGUUGAGCGCAUCCGCUGGGAAGAAGAGGAGAGAGGAUUUGCUGGCUCACGUUAA